CAUUCAAACCCUUCACAUAAUCCUCAGAUAAGAGCAGGUGGUACAAUAUAGACCAAGCAAAGCUGAAAACCAAAGGAAUCACAAACGAGACCCUGCGGCAGAAUACGAUGCCAGGAGACACGCAUCUGAAGUUACUAUGCGUAGUGACUUUCUUAUGCACCCUUAACACGGAGGCUUAUUCUGGAUAUGUCUCACUUGCUCUUCCCAAUAGGAGGUCAAAUGCGGAUUAUUUCACAAAAUGUGAUUUUGGCAGUGAUUUGGCAUCACUCUGCGAUUGGACCACUGAUGGACUUGGCACACAGAUGGGAACAGCAGAAGUAAACAUUCCCUCUCAAGACAUCCAUCCUGCAUUUCAUUUGAAGAGCGGCCUUCUGAACAUCUCGGUUGACUCUUGUCUGGAGUUCUGGUAUCACAAACCCAGUCAGAAGAGUGCUGAGCUCAAAGUUUUUCUAGCAGAAGGUAUUCAGCAGACAUUGCUCUGGAGCUCAGACAGUGCUGUGAAUGGAGACUGGAGACAAGUCUUCGUCCCAUUGACGGCCCACCCGGACGAAAGCGCACAGGUUAUUUUUGAGCUAUCACAAGGUCUGCAAAAGUACGAUGAGCCCGCCUUCAACAGAAUUGGAAUACGGAGGGGACAAUGUGGGAUCCAAUGCCAGCCAGGGGCUGAAUUUUGGCCGGAUGAAACUACUCUCUGUACCUGCACAGACAAGCAACUCACCUGUGCUCACAUCCCGCCGUCCAAGGACUCUGGAUUUGGCACCUGCCAUGUGGCCUCUGAUCCACAUUACACUACAUUUGAUGGCGUCAGCUUCCACUUUGAGGGCCCCUGUACAUACAUCUUGUCAAGGGUCUGCGAUAAAUCUGAGUUGCUUCCAGAGUUUUCUGUAGAGGUGAGGAAUGAGAAGAGGGGAGACUUGCCCGUUGCCUCUGUUCAGCAGGUGAACAUCAUCAUGGAGGGUCUAAGAGUGGCCAUGCUAAGAAGAGAAAGGAGUAGAGUCAUGGUAAAUGGAAUUUGGAUGAAUCUCCCGUUACACCUCAAAGGAAAUGCAGUCAUCAUUGAAGCCCAGGGUGAUGUUGUGGCCCUUCACACAGACUUCCAAAUGUCUGUGUUGUACACUAGAUCUGGCACAGUUCAGGUCACCCUGCCCAGCAGUUACUCCAACAGAGUCUGCGGGAUGUGCGGAAACUUUAACCAUCUGACAGAGGAUGAGUUCAUGGACCCAAACGGCUCACAGGUGGAAGACGGACGUAUUUUGGGUGAGAGAUGGUUGGCUGAUGCUGAGUGCAAGGACCCGAUCCCACCAAGAGUGUGUACAGAGCCAGAAGAGAAGGAGUAUGCCAGUGAUCAUUACUGCGGGGUGCUAACAUCCAGACAGGGGCCAUUCGCAGAGUGUUCAUCAGUCCUCAAUAUAGACAACUUUCUCCAAAGCUGCAUGUUUCAUAUGUGCACAACUGAAGGUGAUCCUGAAGCUCUCUGCAAUACCAUACAAACCUUCAUUGAUGCAUGCAAUAAGGCCGGGAUCACCGUUUCUGCCUGGAGGAACUCAACGUUCUGUCCUCUGGUGUGUGGACCUCAAAGCCACUAUAAUGCCUGUGCCAGCGGCUGCCAUGACAUCUGCUCCAGUCUGGAUACUGCAGGGGGUUGUGGGAUAUGUGAGGAACGCUGUGAGUGUGACGAUGGCUUUUUAGUCAGUGGAGGAACAUGUGUGCCGGCUGAGGACUGUGGAUGCUGGGUAAACGAACAACAUUAUGCGAUCAGAGAGACAUAUAUGGAGGCUAACUGUGAGAGAUUGUGCGAGUGUUUGGGUAACGGGAACAUUCGCUGUUCACCCGUCUCCUGCCUGCCUGAUGAAGUCUGCUCGGUUAAAGAUGGAGUCGUAGGCUGCUUUCCCUCCAACCCUGUGACCUGUAGGGUCUAUGGCGACCCUCAUUACAUCACCUUCGAUGGCAAGGCCUACUCUUUCUGGGGAACCUGCAACUACACCAUAGCAAAGACAUGUGGGCCUACCAUCAACCAGUUCGCUAUAACCGCAAGAAAUGAAGGGCGAGAGAACUCCGCGACGUCUUCUCUUAACUCAAUAGCUCUUGACAUGGAAGGCUUCCACCUCACAAUCAGAAAAAACAAGCUGGUUCACGUUAACGGUAAUCCAGUCAAUCUCCCUGCAGACUUUGGGAUAUUUCGUUUGUCUCAGUCAGGACCUUACGCUCAGUUGGACACCAGUUUCGGUCUGCGGCUGUUGUUUGAUGGAAAGCAGAGAUUAUUUGUGCAGGUGGAUGAGCGCUACACGGGGAUGAUGUGCGGUUUGUGCGGUACUUACUCUGGAAGUCAGUUUGAUGACUUUUUAACACCCGACGGCAACACAGUAGCGCAUCCGCACGAGUUCGGCAGCAGCUGGGAUACACACGACACUGACUGGCCAUGCAGUAAUGGAUCUCCCGACCCCCCUGCAUGUGACCCUGAUUUGGAGAACGUUGCAUUUAAAGAGUGCAGUGCACUGUUUAGUGAUGUUUUCGCUGAAUGUCAUUGGUUUGUUCCACCUCAGAUCUACGUCACCAGCUGCAUUUCUGAUUACUGCACUUAUCAGGGGGAUAAAUCUCAGCUCUGCAACUCUUUAGAGGACUAUGUGUCUGCCUGCCAGUUAGCUGAAGUGUUUCUAACACACUGGAGAAAUCACACUUCCUGUGAUUUGGAUCCUCCCCCCCAACCAACAGAUGAAUCUAAACCAACCUCAUCUUCUGAAAGUUGCACAUGGAGCUGUAAUUUUGACCAGGGUGAAUGCGGGUGGCAACAACUCAUCCAGGAUAGUUUUGAUUGGACUAGAUGGUCAGGAUCAACGCCAUCAGAUCUCACCGGGCCGACCAAUGACCACACUACAGGAAAUGGCUUCUACAUGUACAUUGAGGGAGAUAGUGUGGUCCAAGGUGACUCAGCCCGCAUCAUGAGCCCUGCAUGCUACGCUUCAGGAAAGCAGUGUGUGAAGUUCUGGUAUCACAUGUACGGCCAGGCAAAUGCUAUGGCACUCAACAUUUACCUGUUUGAGAACAAGCGUGCUCUCAAAAUAUGGUCCAAAGCCAACAAUCAGGGCAACCACUGGUUACAAGGAAGUGUCGAAAUCAAACCACAAGAACCAUUUCAGAUAAUCGUGGAGGGCAUCAGGGGUUCAGAUCCUCGCUCAGAUGUGGCCAUAGAUGAUCUGGUAAUAUUUUAUGGUGGAUGUGACGAUACUUCAAUAGAAGAUCAAGACUCGACCACCUUGGUACCUCCUCUGUCUACUUCAAAUUCAAUCAAUCCACAUCCAGUUUGUAGUCUGAAUUGUAAUUUUGAAAGAGAUAUAUGCGGUUGGACUCAGACACCGACUGAUGUUUUUGAUUGGACAAGACACACAGGCUCCACCCCCUCUUUAAUGACUGGCCCCUCCUCUGACCACACAACAGGAAGUGGUUUCUACAUGUACAUCGAGGGUGAUAGUGCCAGUUAUGGUGACACGGCACGUAUCAUCAGUUCAGAGUGCACUGACAUUCAGAAUCAGUGUCUUCAGUUUUGGUACCACAUGUACGGUUCCAGUAGCACCAUGGGACUGAGUGUCUACCAUCUGCAGGGAAAUGUGGCCAAAGAGGUGUGGAUGCAAAGAGAAAACCAGGGAGACAUGUGGUACCGUGCACUGGUGGACCUGAGACCAACUGGCAUGUUCCAGGUGAUCUUUGAAGGACGUAGAGGAAGCACAUCCCUGUCAGAUGUUUCCAUUGAUGAUGUCUCUCUACACAGAGGAACCUGUGAUGAUUUAACAAACCCUGGAGUCUCAUUGCCACCUGGACCCAUCCAAACUCCACCUGGACCCAUCCAAACUACAACCAGACCCAUCGAAACCACAACUGCACCCAUAAAAACUACAACCUCAGAUGGUGGAGGUGCAGUUUGUAGCCUGAACUGUGAUUUUGACGGUGAUAUCUGCGCUUGGAGUCAGAUGCCGACUGAUGCUUUUGAUUGGACAAGACACACAGGCUCCACCCCCUCUUUGAUGACUGGCCCCUCCUCUGACCACACAACAGGAAGUGGUGGUUUCUACAUGUACAUCGAGGGUGAUAGUGCCAGUUAUGGUGACACGGCACGUAUCAUCAGUUCAGAGUGCGCUGACAUUCAAAAACAGUGUCUUCAGUUUUGGUACCACAUGUACGGUUCCGGUAACACCAUGGGACUGAGCGUCUACCAUCUGCAGGGAAAUGUGGCCAAAGAGGUGUGGAAGAAGAGAGAAAACCAGGGAAACAUGUGGUACCAUGCACUGGUGGACCUGACACCAACAGGGAAGUUUCAGGUGAUCUUUGAGGGACGUAGAGGAAGCACAUCCCUGUCAGAUGUUUCCAUUGAUGAUGUCUCUCUACACAAAGGAACCUGUGAUGAUUUAACAAACCCGUUGCCACCCGGACCCAUCCAAACUACAACCAGACCUACCCCAACUACAACCAGAACCACCGAAAUCACAACUGCCCCCAUAACAACUACCACCUCAGGUGGUGGAAGUGCAGUUUGUAACCUGAACUGUGAUUUUGACGGUGAUAUCUGCGCUUGGAGUCAGAUGCCGACUGAUGCUUUUGAUUGGACAAGACACACAGGCUCCACCCCCUCUUUGAUGACUGGCCCCUCCUCUGACCACACAACAGGAAGUGGGUGUGGUUUCUACAUGUACAUCGAGGGUGAUAGUGCCAGUUAUGGUGACACGGCACGUAUCAUCAGUUCAGAGUGCGCUGACAUUCAAAAUCAGUGUCUUCAGUUUUGGUACCACAUGUACGGUUCCGGUAACACCAUGGGGCUGAGCGUCUACCAUCUGCAGGGAAAUGUGGCCAAAGAGGUGUGGAAGAAGAGAGAAAACCAGGGAAACAUGUGGUACCGUGCACUGGUGGACCUGACAGCAACAGGGAAGUUUCAGGUGAUCUUUGAGGGACGUAUAGGAAGCACAUCCCUCUCAGAUGUUUCUAUUGAUGAUGUCUCUCUACACAAAGGAACCUGUGAUGAUUUAACAAACCCAUUGCCACCCGGACCCAUCCCAACUACAACCAGACCUACCCCAACUACAACCAGAACCACCGAAAUCACAACUGCGCCCAUAACAACUACCACCUCAGGUGGUGGAAGUGCAGUUUGUAACCUGAACUGUGAUUUUGACGGUGAUAUCUGCGCUUGGAGUCAGAUGCCGACUGAUGCUUUUGAUUGGACAAGACACACAGGCUCCACCCCCUCUUUGAUGACUGGCCCUUCCUCUGACCACACAACAGGAAGUGGGUCCUGA